GCAGAGGCAGCUGUGCGGUGCCAGGAGCUCCCGUGGUGCGUCCCUCUCUCAGGGCUCGCCCAGGCGGGCUCCAGGUGCCAGGGGCACGCAGAGCAGAAGCCUUCGCUUUUGGGCAUUGACAGCAGAGCCUGCCUCCCCUCUGCCACCAUGAGCGGCUGCUCCAAAAGAUGCAAGCUUGGGUUCGUGAAAUUUGCCCAGACCAUCUUGAAGCUCAUCACCGGGACCCUCAGCAAAGAUAAGAUUGAAGACGAGCUGGAGAUGACCAUGGUUUGCCACCGGCCUGAGGGCCUGGAGCAGCUGGAGGCCCAGACGAACUUCACCAAGAGGGAGCUGCAGGUCCUCUAUCGGGGCUUCAAAAACGAGUGCCCGAGUGGUGUGGUCAAUGAAGAAACAUUCAAGCAGAUCUACGCACAGUUCUUCCCUCACGGAGAUGCCAGCACGUACGCCCAUUACCUCUUCCACGCCUUCGACACCACCCAGACCGGCUCCGUGAAGUUCGAGGACUUCGUAACCGCUCUGUCGAUCCUGCUGAGAGGAACCGUCCAUGAGAAGCUAAGGUGGACAUUUAACUUGUAUGACAUCAAUAAGGAUGGAUACAUAAACAAAGAGGAGAUGAUGGACAUCGUCAAGGCCAUCUACGACAUGAUGGGGAAAUACACGUACCCCGUGCUCAAGGAGGACACCCCCAGGCAGCACGUGGACGUCUUCUUCCAGAAAAUGGACAAAAAUAAAGACGGGAUCGUGACGUUAGAUGAAUUUCUCGAAUCCUGUCAGGAGGAUGACAACAUCAUGAGGUCCCUCCAGCUGUUCCAAAACGUCAUGUAACUGCAGACACAGCCAUCCGGCUCUCAGAGACAUUGGACUAAACCACCAACCUCACACCUUGAUCUGCCCUCCUGGUUUUACACUGACUCUGGGACAGAAACACCUUCUGUACUUGGGAAGA